AUGGAGGAUUCAGACCUAGACCCCCUGCUGGUAAUGGAAACCAUCAAGAAGAUCCACAUCAGGGACCACCUCAACAAGGAGAUCAGUAGUAGCAGCAACCAAAUGGCUGCCCUCUCGUUCCUGGAAACCAGCAGGGACCACCCCAACAAGGAGACCAGUAGCAGCAGCCAAAUGACCCCCCUCAUCCUGGUAACCAACAAUGACCACCCCAAUCACAAGAAUGAAGAUGAAGAUGAAGAUGAUGAUUCACACAUGGACCACCCCAACAAGGAGGCCAGCAGCAACAGCUACAGUAGUCAAUUCACCCUCCUUGUCCUAGAGACCAAUGAGGACCACCCCAGUCAGAAGGGAGCCACCGAGCUACCCCCAGCACAGACGUGGGAGCAACAUCAGAGCCUCCUCCAAGAUGCUGGUGGUCCUGCUCACGGUGGCCUUGCUGGCCCUGAGCCCAACUCAGAGUUCAAGCGAAGGUAUAAGGGAAUGCAGCUGGUGGUGGUGGGUAUUGAGGUACAAAGCCAGAAACAGCACCAGCAGCCUCAGGGAGCACCUAAUGGAGAAUUCAGACCUAGACCCCCUGCUGGUAAUGGAAACCAGCAGGAAGGACCACAGCAGGGACCACCUCAGCAAGGAGGCCAGCAGCAGCAGCAGCAGCCAAAUGGCCCCCCUCGUCCUGGAAACCAGCAGGGACCACCUCAGCAAGGAGGACAGCAGCAGCAGCAGCCAAAUGGCCCCCCUCGUCCUGGAAACCAGCAAGGACCACCCCAACAAGGAGGACAGCAGCAGCAACAACCAAAUGGGCCCUCUCGACAGCAACAGCAGCAGCAGCCAAAUGGCCCCCCUCGUCCUGGAAACCAGCAGGGACCACCCCAACAAGGAGGACAGCAGCAGCAACAACCAAAUGGCCCCUCUCGUCCUGGAAACCAGCAGGGACCACCCCAACAAGGAGGACAGCAGCAGCAACAACCAAAUGGGCCCUCUCGUCCUGGAAACCAGCAGGGACCACCCCAACAAGGAGGACAGCAGCAGCAGCAGCCUAAUGGCCCCUCUCGUCCUGGAAACCAGGACCACCGCAACAAGGAGGACAGCAGCAGCAGCAGCCUAAUGGCCCCUCUCGUCCGGGAAACCAGCAGGGACCACCUCAACAAGGAGGCCAGCAGCAGCAGCAGCAGCCUAAUGGCCCCUCUCGUCCUGGAAACCAGCAGGGACCACCUCAACAAGGAGGCCAGCAGCAGCAGCAGCAGCCAAAUGGCCACCCUCGUCCUUGAAACCAACAAUGACUGCUUCAAUCAGGAGCACAGACGUGGGAGCAACUACAGAUCCUCCUCCAAGCUGGUGGUCCUGCUCACAGUGGCCUUGCUGGCCCUGAGCCCGGCUCGGACCUUAUGUGAAAAGGUCAUCUAUGAAGACCCUUCCUCUGUCUCAACAGAGGCUGAGGACCCAAGCCAGAGCUCUGAAGAAGGCCCUCAGAGACCAUCUCCUGGAGGAUGCCCACCCAGACCCCCUGCUGAUGGUGGAGAUGAGAAUGGAGGUAAAGAGGAAGAUGAUGAUUCAGAACAGGAACCACACAAGGAGACAAUCAGCAGCAUCCUUGCCCUCCUCCUCCUGGAAACCAGCAGGAACCACCUCAGCAAGGAGGCCAGCAGCAGCAAGAGCAGCAACAGCAGCCAAAUGGUCCCCUUCGUCCUGGAAACCAGCAGGGACCACCUCAGCAAGGAGGCCAGCAGCAGCAGUAGCAGAAGUCAAAUGGCCCCCCUGGAAAUCAACAAGAACCACCCCAGUCAGAAGAGAGUGAAUAAGAAGAUGAUGUCCUUCGAAAAGUUCUGCCAUUGGAACAACAUAGUCAUAGCCAUGUAUUCUCUAGACCAAUAA